CGCGCUCCCGGACGCUCCUGUCCCUCUCGUCUCGGCGCUCCGUCUCACCUCUCGUAAACCACUACGAAUUUUUCACUACACUUCCAAAUACCGAACGUUGCUUUGGUCAUUGUUCCGAUACAAUAGCUUGUGCGUAAUCCUAUUUCCAAUGUUCGGAAGUUAUUGAAGCGUUUGUAAACAUUUCGAUCGUCCGCGUAACGAGUGACGAAAGUUCUUGUUUGGACAUUAUUUGGAGACAGUCGGAAUUGAAACUGUAUCCUGGUUUAGGAAGUGCUGUGUACUUUUGGGCGGUGUUACAUAAAUUAAGUGGUUCUUGGUAAUUGCUCUGUAUUAGUUUAUAAAUAAAUACUUUGGCUAGUGCCAUAUUUAUAGCAUAGUUUAAGAAUAGUUCGAAGAAGUCGUCUGUAGUUUUAGUGUAAACGGACGUAAAAGCCGGCAAACUGUAUUCCUUUGAGAGCUUCAAGGUUUACGAGUACGAUGAAGAUAGAAUGUUCAAUGGACAUGAUGACGACGGGUUUGGGACCGCCAAGAGAAGCGUGACAAUGAGAGAGAAAAGGGGAGGCGCUAUGAGCAAAAUGCAAAAGCUCAGAAAGCGCCUGUCCCUUAGUUUCGGUAGACUAUCAACAAAAGACGAGCCUGACGGGGACGCCACCGAGUGCCGGGGGAGGCAGCAGAACGGCGGGGGGCGGGGCAAGCUCACCUACAACGGCUACUCGGAGGAAUGCCUCGACAGGCUCGAACCCAACGGCAACAUCCCGCACGAUAAGGACUCACAUUACGAUUGGAGCGGGGGCGGUAACGGCGAGUACCGGGUUCGAAGACAGCUGUCAGUGUCUUCAGACUCAAAACUUCUGGACGAGGGCGCAAGGGAGGACGCGAGGGUCGUGAUGAGGCCCAAGCGGCCCCCGCGGCCCAAGUCCGAGGCCUUUCUAGGGCCACACGAAAACUCCAACCGCCGCACCAAGCGGUUUAGUGCCUUUGGGGGAGACUCUCCUUUCGGGAAAUCCGAAGCAUACAUAAAACUGGAGCAGCUAGGAGAAGGCUCCUACGCCACCGUUUAUAAAGGUUAUAGCAAUUUAACGCAGCAAGUGGUAGCAUUGAAAGAGAUUAGACUUCAAGAAGAGGAAGGCGCGCCAUUCACCGCAAUCAGGGAAGCAUCACUACUCAAGGAGCUGAAACACGCCAACAUCGUCACACUGCACGACAUCGUGCACACACGGGAAACUCUCACCUUCGUGUUCGAGUUUGUGGACACGGACCUAUCACAAUACAUGGAGAGGCAUCCAGGCGGGCUAAACCAUCACAACGUCAGGCUGUUCAUGUUCCAACUGCUCCGGGGGCUGUCCUACUGUCAUCGGAGAAGAGUUUUACACAGAGACGUCAAACCUCAAAACCUUCUAAUAAGUUCUCACGGGGAACUGAAGUUGGCAGACUUCGGGCUAGCACGGGCGAAGUCCGUGCCUAGUCACACGUACUCGCACGAAGUGGUCACGCUGUGGUAUAGGCCGCCUGAUGUGCUCCUCGGCAGCACGGAGUACUCGACGUCGCUGGACAUGUGGGGCGUGGGCUGCAUCUUCGUGGAGAUGCUGUGCGGCGUGCCCACCUUCCCCGGCGUGCGCGACACGCACGACCAGCUCGACAAGAUCUUCAAGGUCGUAGGCACACCAACAGAAGAAAGCUGGUCCGGCGUGAGUCGGCUCCCAGGGCUCCGAACACACGUAACGCGAUGGGGGACCUGCCCAGCGCGGCCGCUGGGCUCGGCGUUUCCGCGGCUGCGCGAGGGAGGCCGCGAGGCGGAGCGCCUGGCCGCCGCGCUGCUGCAGCCCGACCCCUGCAGGCGGCUCGCCGCGCACAGAGCCCUGCACCACUCCUACUUCGCGCCUCUACCGCCGAGGCUGCGGGAGCUGCCCGAUGAGGUGUCCAUCUUCACAGUGGAGGGUGUGAGCUUACACCCGGAGACACGACACGCCGCCUUCAAGUGAGAGCCACCGACUUAGUUGAAUCUGUUACGAUGCGAGCUCUCGGCUCGAGUCGACGUCACACGACUGCGACUCCUGCCGACCCCCGAAGUCGCGCCUGCCGAGGUCAUUCGUUAGUUAGUACGUUUCAAUUCCUAUAGUUUUAAUCAACAGUCGAAAUAUGGUUGACUCGUUUUCGGUGGACCAAAAUUUCGUGAUAGUUCUCGCAUAUAGUUUAAAAACGUUCGAACGGGCAUCGAAUGCCGGCGACAGUAUUCGUUUUAAUUUGAAAACCCUUUACGUAUGUUGUUUGUCCAUCCGUCGAAUGCUUCGACUUUAUUAUUGUAUUAGCGCUUAUAAGCUUCUGAUAAUAUCCAUCCAUAUAAUUCAAUUAUUCUAUGGUGACAAGGUGAACUGAUAGGUACCGAGUUUACGAAUUAUAAAUAUAAAUAUAGAAACAGAGCAGUGUGCCAUGUAUAUCUAUAAUUGAGAAGAGUAUGACGUGUUAUUUUAAAAGAUUUUUAUGCUGGAUAUAUGCUCAUAAUUUGGUAAAAAUUUUGAAGAUGUUUAUUUAUAUUUACUAAGGGUUUAUUGUCAAUGAAGUGAACAUGCAGUCUUAUGAGAGAUAUACGGUUUAACACGGGCCCCGCUACAGUUGCGCGUAGUCUUCAUUACUGCCGGCAAUGCAAUCAAUAAUGCGCAGGUUGUAGAUUGCGGGAGCUGGAAGUUGGGGUUGUCACUAAUUAUUCUUGUCGUCUAUCUGAAUCUUAUGCACAUUCCUUCCACGGUGCUCAAAUAGUAAGCUUAGUGUGGCGAGGAUGUGGCCCCCGGCCGCCACCACACUGCGUGACGCGAUGAACUGCAUCCAGUGAUACGACGUGAAUUGAUCGGAGAUAAAUUAAAUCUAUUACCAAAAUUUAUUUAAUAUCACGACAGAUCUCAAAUUUAUGAAGUGUGGGACCGUCCUAAUGUAAAUUAACGUGAUAGGGAAAUUCGAUUUGUAAAACUUUUACUGAAGUCUCUGUUUGUUCAAGAGAAUAGAGUUGAUGGGAGUUCCGUCUAGCCUAAAGACUAGUGAAUUAACCAGUUUAGUCAAAUUUUAGUGGUCCCUCACAAUGUAAGGUUAGGAGUGCAAUGUAAAGUAGCGGACCGGAGCAUUGGCAACUUGAGACGUACGUACGUAGGUAAAUGUCGAAUGCGGUUCCGCUGUCGUCUUGUCUAGUGUAGACAUUCAAAAGUUGUCUGUGAUUUGAUAAUAGUUAGUCUAUGAUAAAGUAAACACCAAUUUGUGCCAACAGUUAAAUAAACGCUUGAAUAAAAUAUUUGCCGAUUGCUGAAGCAAGACGAUCACUGAAUCGCAUUUACUGAACGUUUUACGCUUGCUAUAAGAGUAAAUUACUCGAUAAGAUUAAGCUAGUCCAGAGGCAAUUGAACGAUGUCGAUGAAAGUCUAAAAUGGUCUUUGUCGUAUAGCAAUAAAGUCGUAGUUCGCGUAAAUAUAUUCCGAUAGCUUUAGCGGAGUUGUGCUUUGACGAAAGUUGUGCCGCUAAUAUCAUUAUGACACUAACUUUUAACGAACUCGUGGGCGCCUUGCUGCUUACGGCCAUUGUUCUUUGCUACAGAUACAAAAUGGUCGCCGCUAUCGAGGUGUCGUUUCAUACUUGUAGAUUACCUAGUAAAGGACAAUACGCGUAGAAGGCCCUCUGGGUACAAACGCAACAAUAUCGCACUGCCACUAGUGAAAAACUAGUAAUAAAAUAAUAGUCGAGUUGUCAGUGUGGUCCGGCACACUAUGAGAGUAGAACCUUAGAGUAGUGCGUGUACCGAGCUUUAGGAAAAAAACGUUUGAUAGGUGACACUUGCAUCAAUGUUUUAGGCUCAAAAUUAUAAAGGAUCGGUGGUGUGUUCUAAAAUGAAAUUAUAAAAUAAAGCAUAGAAUCGGUAUUGUGUGUUUCGGACAUCUUUAAUAACCAACCGAAGCUCGAAGCGCCCAACAUAAUAUGCGAACAAAGCAAAAAGACGAUGAAAACUGUUAAAGCUCGCAGUAUCCUAGUAACCUCUGUUUGGUAGAGUUAUUCCUGAAAACACAGUCUGGAAAUUAAAAGCGGAGGCUGCCUGUCCGCAGCCUGUGCCCCGCAGGUGGGAAAUUGAAAUAAAAAAGAAACGCCCCCAACCGGGAUUGUUUUAGACCCGCACAAUAUCAUCACAAAAUUCGAGAUAAAAUUUUACCUACACUGCGAAUAAUUUUAAGAACGAAUUGUGCGAUUUGAAUUUAGUUAAAAUCAUUCAAUAAGCAGACAGUAAUGAUUCUCAUAAACUACCUAAAUAAGUAUUAACAUAAGUAAUUGGGCCAGUCAGAGGUACGUACGAGCAAGAUGAACAAAGUAUCCACGCUUCAUCGAGCUCUCUGUUAAGUAGACCAACGUGAUAGGUGGUAAGCCGUAUCGCCGUCAAUGAUUGUCGAGUCAACUGGUUGGUGAAAAUUGCUCUUAAUAUUAAACUCGUUUAAAAUAAGAGUUCUUUGUAAAUAAAAAGCUGACUACGUGUUUGAAGACCUAAAAUCCGACGAUGCCAAUAUGUAUGUAUAUGAAACCGAUCCAAGAAUUCAAAUAAAUCAAGUCACAAAAGCAAGUGUCGCUUAUCAAACGGCCUCGUAGCUAACAUAAUUCGGUUCCGAACACCAAAAUAGUACGUAAUUGUAUGUCGAGCGCAAUAUUUGAUGUGUACAUGAGUUGUUGAUUUUUAACUAGAGAUAAAUAGAAUAAGGAAUGUGAAAUUAUGUGUCGCUGAAAGGGUGUGCCAAGACGAAACACGUUAAUUGUUCCAUAGGUUUUGUGGUUCGCUUGAAAUUAACGAAUAUUUCAUAAUCAGUACUGUUUUAUCGUGUUCAAAAACCACUGUAAUUCAAUGAUCCAUUUUAGCCUAAUUUUCAUCAUCAUCACAAACUAACACGAUGCAAUGAACAUUAAUUUAAACUUACAGUGGAGUUUCAAUGCUAACAAGUAUAAGUUUGCACUUGUAGUUGUUUUCGGUUAUAUGAUAAAAUAAUACCUACUGUCGGGGAGUCAUAUAUAUUCGCCUUAUAGUAAAAUGCACGUAAGUGCCUUUUUGCAAAAUCACAUUCUGAUUUUAAAAAUUACAUUCUGAUUUUGAAAAUCACAUUCUGAUUUUGUAAAUCACAUUUUAUUUCGUUCAAUUAUUUCAUUCCGGGUAAAAAUUGAGACUACAAUUUUUAUCUGCAUUGAAACAAACGUGUCUAUUGCGAGGUUUAGUUAAUAAAAAUCAUGUCCAAAUGUGUUUUUUUAUAAAGACGCUUAUGGGAUUUUUGCUAUAUGUCGACAAUAAGUAAAUGUCGCGAAUUUAGAUCCAUGUAAUAAAAGAUAAUGCGUGGUGUAAACUUUCGGCUUGGCGCACGGUUUUCGGACGUUGAAAUAUUCACCCGUUGAGUGAGGCACCGAGCGAGCUGUAUAAAUGAUAGGUAUGAGCAUUUAUAUGAAUGAGGAUAGGGUUAUGGGGCGCAUCUCAACCAUUGCAGAAUAUAAGGAUAGUUUUGCUUCGUAUUGUGAGCUCUAGAGGUCCCAUCAGUAAUUGUACAUUAAUCUGUAGUAUAGAAUACGGCAACUCUCCGCUGUCCACCAGCGGCCGGGCUCAGUUUACCUCACCCCUCGUUCUUACUUUAGUCUUCAAUCGUAUGGCGUCAGACGUCACACACACAGAUGCGCGUGUACGAUAACGUCAAUGUGUAUGUAGUGUCUGUGUAAAACGAGGGUGUGACUGUAGUAAGGACCAAUUUUGAUGUGAACCAGAUUCCAUUAUAAAAUGGCCGUUUUGUAUAGAAGCAAAUAGUUUUGUUUUACGAAUCCCGAGAUCCCGAGAGUCUACUGCAGAUUCCUGUUACUACGCCUCUAGUGACAGUAAAAAGUUUGUAUCAAAAAGGUUAAAGGUGAGUUUCGAGUGAGUCCAUGGUUGAGAUACGCUCCAUACUAUAAUAAUUUGCAUUUGUAUAGGUAAUGAAGAACUGAUGUUGAUGUCGCUGUGGAUACAUUAAUGUUACGGAGGAACGAAUUGUGUAAAUAGGUAUUAAUUAAUUGAUUAGUUGUUACGAUUUCUUAUUAAUGACAGUCCUAUACGAGUUGCCAUCGCCCUUUGUAUGAGUUCCGAAGUACACCACAGUGUACAUGAGAUUUAUUUUAUAAUUUUAAUUAACGAAUAUCAUAGGUUAAUCAAUAAUUUCAUUUUAUUAAUUUACGUAUCACGAAAAUGUCCCGCUACUGGUAUAAAUUACAAUUUUUUUAUUAUUCUGAAUGUAUAAAAAAUGUGCUUUUACUCGUUUAAUACAAUGUAAAUACGAUAUUUGAACUGAUAAUAAUAAAAGUUUUUAUUUCUUAAUGAA